CACUUACCGUAAGCUGCUGUACUGAAACGCACACCGACGCACGCUCUCUGGCGGCUGUGUAUUUUGACUCAGCAUGCUUGCCUUACUUUCUAGACUGGCUCACAUGACGCUGCUCUUGUGACCCACAUUCCUCUUCAAAUCAGAGCGACUUUUUAACUACUUUUACCAAAGUCAGUGCUUUAACAGUGUAUUGGUGGAUCUGCAGUCCUUUUAACUGCUGUUUUUAUUGUGAAGUUCUCGCAGUUUCCGGGUUUUUUCAGCGCUAAAUCUGCUCUGGAGUUGGGGAAGUUGGUCUUGGUCAGAACUUCUGUUCAGGCUGAGCUGUGCUGAUCUGAGAGGAAUGGGAGAGACAACACAGAUUUAUUAAACACUGAGAUCCUCAAACAACCUGGACAGAUGGCUGAAACCGUACAGCAGGAGAACAAACGGUGCAUCUAUUUCUUCCUGUACGAUCGCUCGAAGGUGCAGGAGGAGGGGGAUCUCACCAGGGCGGGGAUAUGCUACUUCUACCCUGAAGAUACACCGAUGGACCAGCAGGAGCUCUUGUGUGGUCAAUUGGCCGGGGUUAGCCGUUGUGUUUCUGAGCUGUCCUCCGCUCCGGUCCGUCUGCUGCGGCUCCGCAAGACCAAAUAUGCUGUUCACAUGAGGGACAACUUCUUAUGGGCACUGAGCUGUGUGGCAGACAUUCCAGAUGUGAGUGUGUGUGCAUUCCUGGAUCAGCUGAUUGACCUUUUCUGCUUUUAUAACGGUCCAGUUCGGCAGAGUUAUCAGUUGCACAGUCAGGAGGAGCUGGCUGUGUGUUUAGCACGCUAUCUCUCCCACCUGCAAGGUGGCUCCACAGAGCUCCACCACAUCUUCAGCUGCCUCAGGACUAUCGAUUCUACAAACAUUGACCCUCUGCUGUUGCUCAAGGCUGCCCUUAUCCUGCAGGCUUGUCAGCGCUGCCCCCUGGUCUUAGCAGGGUGUAUCUUGUAUCGAGGCAGGGUGGUGAGCACACAGAUGCCUCCAGAGCUGACGGUGAAGGUGAUGGUGCACGAGACAGAAACCUUUAGCCAGGAUAACAGACUCCGGAUGAAUGGAGUGACCUCUGGGGCUUCACCUACGUCCAGUACAGUCACAACAAAUGUGUUCCUUACCCCCUCUGAGCUACACCUGCUUCGCUACCCCCCAGUGGACAACAGAUCUAGUGACACCCCUCAGCCUCUUACUCGUCCCAGGAAGUCCCGCCUGCUCUCCCGAACUCUCUCCGACACACUUAUCUCUGAUCAGGACCCAUCCGAGUUCCCACAUCUGUCUUAUCAGACCCUGCCAUCCUCCCCUCGCUCCUCCCUUUCGGACGAAUCCUGCUUCAGCCCCUCCCCCUCAUUGUUCAGCACUCCGCUUCGUACCAGCCUUAAGAGCCAAUCAGAAAAAGACACGCCUCCUGAGUCACAAGAACACAGUCUGCCGAAUGGGACACUUCCAAAUAGGGGAACAGGUGGCAGUUUAGGUGGAAGCAGCAGUCCAGUUGCUAAAAAUGAAGUGAAUGAUCAGGAGGGUGGGAGGUUGGGUUCAGAAAGUAACAUUUCAUCAGUUUUAGCAGAAAAAGACAAAAAUGCAGAUGGAAAUUCUGAAAAUAGGCAAGUUAAUACACUUUCUAACGGAGUUCCAUCCGAGCAGGAUGAAUUCAGUCUCCGUCUGAAUGACAGAUUGGCUAAACUGGAGCUGACUGAUGACAGUGCAGGCAGUGGAGAUGACCGACAAGAGAGAGUGGAGGAGCAUCUGGCUAAGGAGAGCAAAGAGGCUCGUAGAGAGGGAGUGAGGGAGCGCUCAGAGUUCGUGUCGGUGAGGUCAGAGUGUGAAACAUCCCUGGAGUCCAUGUUCCUGUAUCAGCACCGGGUCAGGGGACUGGUGCUGGCACUGUUGGUGGAACCAAGCUUCAACACACACCCAACUGCCAAAGAUGAAGUGUAUCACAGCAGUUUAGCCUCUCUGAAUGGUCUGGAGGCUCAUCUCAGAACCACCUCGCCUGGGGCCCCUGGAGCUCAGGGGCCGUACACAUUCGCACACUAUGACUGCAUCCAGAACACACUCACCACGAAUGUGUGUGGACGAUCUGCUGGACCUCAGGAUCGUCCGUUUGUGAAAGCAACAGCUCUGCUGCACUCGCAUUUCUCAUACACAGACACACUACAGGAGGCCAUCAUCAGGAAUGCAAGCUGUGCAGUUUAUGGCACACGCACUGCAGCUCAAGAGACCUAUUUCCUCCAGCAGGGGACGUCUUCCAGGAAUUCUGGGAUACCCAAUGGCCAGGACAGCGCUUUCUCUCUGCCCAGUAAAGCGCGGCACCGCCUGCUUAAGCAUGGAGUCAACCUUCUCUGAGUCCAGUUUUAUAUUUAUAUUUUUGUGAAUAUUUUUUUGUGCACAUACAUACAUGCAUAUCCGCCCACCUGUAGAUGUCUGUGAUUGUGAUUACUAAUGUGUUAAUGUGUUAUUUGCUGUUGCUUACAAUCUCAAACCGUGCUCCGUUUACUGCGCUACCCUCUCCAGGCUAGCUGCUGAUUAUUGAGGUGCACAUUGUCGGUACUGAAGUACUAUGGAAAUGCUUAGCAUGUAAAACUCUUUUCUAAUAAAUUUGAGAUUAAUUAA